UGAAGUCUUGUCGUGGGUCGAAUUGUUUUUUUUUUGAAUAAAAACUGUGUUUUAUAUUUGCAAAAUAAACACCUGCACACUAAAAAGUCAAACACCUUUUAAAAAGAAAGCAGUAAAAUUUAUACGAAAUGUGCAAGUGUUUGGCCGGAAAUGUUGCUUGCUGCUGUCUCAAUUGCGCAGUAGGAGUAUUGAUGUCCAUUAUCAGUGCGUUUCUGGUAAUCAUUAUAAUUGUUGGAAUUGUGGUGUACUUCGUUUACUAUCACGAUGGCGACCACAGUGAUGAUGUACACAGUUCUUUGGAUAAACUGAAGAAUACAUUGUCGGAUAACUUCGAUAAAGCAUCGAACAUUUUAAAGGAUUAAGUAAAAUCACAACUGCUACAAACUAAUAAAUGUUCAUUUUAGUUUUGAAAAAUGAACUUGUAACGAAUCUCCAUCAUAACUUUUUUACCUAUACCUAUAUGUAUUUACUUUUGUUGUAUUACUCGUACUAUAUUCAAAUGCCUAUGUAAUGUGUAUUUAAUUUUUAAGACUUAGAUACUUUAUUAAAUUGAAAUAAUGAAUGUUCCAUUACUUGCAAGUAUAUAAUUUAUAACUGGAAUUUAUAGAAGGAAAACUAAAUCCCCCCAAAUGUCAUAAAAUUAUAGCCAAAUCAUCUCGACUCAAAGAACAUCAUUGUUUGUUUCUUUUUUUUUUUUUGUUUAACAUAAUUACAGUCAAACAAGUAAAAUCAACAAAUGGACCUGCAAAUUAAUAAUUAACAAAUUAACAUUAAAAUAUGAGAAAAACAAACACAAAUGUUGUACAAUUUUUAACAAUAUAUUUAUGUUCAUACAAACAAUGUUACAAUGUAUGUAAAUAAAUUUGUUUGCAUGCAUUUAAAUAAGUUUCUCAGUUACUAUUAUUAUAUGUAUGUAUUUUUACUGUAACUUAUUGUAAUUAUUAUACGUAUUUUAUAAAUUUAAAUACAAAAAUAAAAAUAUUUAAAUGAUUUAAUACA